AUGUCUGAAAUCGAGGCAAUUGUACAGGCUACUCACGUUCUGUCAGGGCUGUCUGUUAUAAACAUUCAAGACCUGCUUCCAUACCAAAACAAAUUAGAGAAUACGCUGCGAAUCCUCGAGCGAAGCCUGGAAGCUAUUCAACGCCGGUCUUCGCAGCUCAGUGGCAGCGUCAAGCCUUCGCUCCGACCAUAUUCACCGACAUCCUCUCCUGAUCCUCAACCACCAUUUCAGCAUGGCAGCGACGAGCCUUCUCCCCGGCCAUCUUCUUCUUCCCAACCCUCGACACCGCGCGCCGAUGAAAGGAACAGUUUGGUUUCUGACGAGAGCGAAAAUCUUGGUUCGGACGCUCGAAGUCUAUUACAGGCGCUAGGUGAUUCCAAGCGGUCCAAAAAGAUACUCGAUUACUUAUCUUCGGGCUCUGAUCCAAUAAAUGGAAGUCAGAAUGACUGGAUCCAGGAAGAUCCUCGGGUAAACGACAUCAAGUUCUGUUCAACUAACCGUUCGCUUGAUGCAAAGUUUCGACGUGGUCUAGGUCAACGGUCCCUGGCCAUAGAAUACGACGAAUGGGAGCAGAAGAUCUUCAACACUUCAAGGGUUUCCGAACUCUGUCGAGAUUUGUCUGCGGCCGACCAACACGAUGGCCAUAUCAACCAAUUUUUGAGAGAGAACACUCAUCGAUUCAAGGAUGAAAAGUCCGCAUCACACGGCAUCAGGCAUGGAAUCCGACUGCUUGUUUUUGAACGAACCUACGAACAUGUCGGAGUUUCGGCGAUCUUGAUAUUAGUAUACAGUCAGUUCAGGAGCGUGAAAUACAAAAACUACCUCUUGUUGAAGGAGUUGCUUCAGAAGGAUCAUUUAUGGGGCUCAUUGGCAAGCGGCAAGUCGUCAUGGUUCAGGCAAUGUGAGAAACAAUACGAAGACCUUUAG